CUUGAAUGGUUUUUUUCUUGAAGUAGAGCAUGAGCAAGAAGUCUAGAUGAAAUUCGUGUGCUGGUCCUGGACGAAUAUACAUGCAGCACCCUCCUGAUCUCGUCCUCUGAAGAUUUAAUGAUUUAUUUUCUCCAGUUCUUUGUGAAAAAGUGCCCCGAAAUACAUCAUCAAAAUUACUCUCACGAAUGGGUUCCCGUCGGGAGGAGUAUUUGCGCCGUCGCACGAGCCACAAGCUCCGCGAGUGGGUUGUUGUAUCGUCCCCGGCGGGUCGUGAGGGUGGUGGAGAAGAAGGGACUACUACACGACAAAAUGAUCUUCAUGCCAACACAACUUCAAUCGACCAAAAUGCUGCUCUCGACGCAGAGGAGGACCACCGUAACGAGGACCACCGUACGAGUACCGGGCGAGGACCUCCUCCUGUUCGCUCAACAUCUUCGCGGCACAACAAGAACCGUAGUUCCUCAUCGUCUUCCGACCUCUUGGAGGAAGAUCGGCAGGACCCCGUGACUGUCUCCAAGAACUUCAAGAUCGAGCUGCAGUCGGACGCUUUUGGCACCAGCUCCGCGAAGCAACUGCUCGCCGCAAGGAGCAAGCAGCAGGGUCCUUCGAGUAAAGAGUCAGAAGUGCUGUCGUCUUCGAUAGUCGGUGGAGCCGUGUCCUCUGCCAGCAACAAGAAUUCGCUGGAGUCUCGCAUCGAAGGUUUGAAGCGGGAGACGAAUCUGAUGAAGCAAAAGUUGGAAACGAAACGAAACGCGCGGGCGAGAAACGUUGCGUGGGAGGUGCCCACGACUAGUUGUACAGGAGAUGAAGAACAAGUAGAACCCAAAAACGUCACAAAGAACACAAAUGCAGUUUCCGUGGCGCCCAAACGACCGGAAUCGGUUUCGCGCCUGCGUCCGCCUCAACAGAUUAAUACCGUGCAUCACCGUGUAAGGAACAUUGCUAGAAGCGAUCAAGGCGGCCGCGAUGGGCAAAGAAAUACGAAAGUAGAGACCACACACCGCCGGAUGAGCUUGCAAGAAAGAAAUCCAAAUUCCGCAUCGCGGUCAGGUGCGUCCUCUUCAGCCUCUUCGUCUGAAAUUGAGACCAUGGGCGGGACGCGUGGAUUAGCACAACUACCGCGAGAUGAUUCAGCUCAUGAAGUACGAGCAGCUGGGCUGUCCACAUCCUCUGCUUUUUUCACCUCCUCAUCUUCCGAACAAGAAGUCCAAGUCGAACCCGUCCCCCACCCCACCUCGAUCGACGACGAGCUUCUGCUGGGCCGGCUGUUGCGUCUGGCGCUCGGGCGGGAGCUGUUGGGCAGCUGCAAUGACGAGAGGAACAAUAUUAUGCACAAUCUGAAUAAGUCGGUUUUGCUGCAGGCUGUGGAAGAAAGGGAACGUGCGACAGGAAUUCCGAAUGGCGCGGCAAGUUCAGUAUCAGUUUCAAGCAGCUCGAAGCGCAGCUGCAACUCCAGUGUAGUGUCGACCUCGAAAACGUCCUCCAAACUGAUUUAUCCUGGAGAUGGUAGUUGUGCAUCAACGUCAACCGUGGUAGUGGCACCACUAUCGACGAAACAAGCGGCAGGCGAACAUCAAGACGAGCCAAGUCUCACCCUCGUCGAUGCCAGCCUGCAUCUAGCGGACGCACCGAAAAGUCCGGAACUUUUGCGCCAGACCAGUCGGCUUCCGGAAAGUUCAAAUAGUGAAAAUAAAGUAGCAGGUGAAGGUGGAGGGGAAAAUGAAGCUACUUCUAGCAAACGAACGGCGACGUGCAGGAAAAAAUCUUCUAAAGAACCGCUGAACACGACCAGGGACGAGGUCUAUGCUGAGGAAGUUUACGGAACUGCUAGUACUAUUGCAGGAGACGAAGAGCCGCAGCCGGCGAAAAGUAUGACCAGCGCGAGCAACAGUAACAGCAAGGAGAUCACCUCCAAACUACGCCCUGCGAGUGCGCCGGCGCACAAAGUAUCAAAACAGGAGAGAAGAAGAUCGUCUUCAUCAGGUUCCUUUACGCCGGUGGUCGCGCAGAACCCGGAAACCAUGACGUUUCACACCAGUUUUCAUUAUCAGUCUUCCCCGGAAAAGAGUGAGACGGAGAGCUUUUUGGAUCGCAGUAGUGUUAGAAAAGGAGAAGUGGUGGACGUCGAGCCGAAGAAGAAAAAGAAAUCCUUAACUCUGGUUCCGGAACUUCAAUCUAGAACGGUGAGCAGUGGUGUGGUACACCGAGGAAGCAAAACAUCGACAACCGCGACCCGCACUAGCAAAGAAUCAGCAAAUGACUCAAGUGUGCAAGUAGUUGUACCACCACCAACUCUUCCUGUCAGAUCCACGAAAAAGCAAGAGGCGAGAAAGCAGGCGGCGAGCGCGAGGCAGCAGGCUAUGGAAAAAUACGCGAAAAACGCUAGUACGGGUAGUACUUCUACAUCUGGGUGGAACAGAGUUGUAAAACAAGAAGGCGCAGAACUGGCCUCGGAAAUAAACAAAGAUCCAUCCAUCAGUGCCACUACAAAACCCAGCAUGUCGAGUGCGAAAGCCAAAACUCCGGCCCGGCCGAAAGCCACCCCGGGGUCGUCCACGAGGGGAACAAACGCGGAAUCCAGCAAAUCCGCACUGCAGUUGACUGCUGCAGAAGUUCUUGCUCCAGAUAGAAUCGACGCUGAUGCUCCUACACAAAGAACAUUUCAACGCGUUGCUUCCAGCACGACCGAAAAAAUCGAUCCAGAGACAUCAAAUUCAGCUGCGACUGCGAGAAAGAAAUGCUCAAGCGAAGAUAUUGGCUGCAUGGUGAAGAAGGAGUUUACCAAAGUGCAGCCGGGCGAAUUUUCUGUAAGCGAUGCUGCGAACUCCCUGCCACCGACGCGGUUGGGCUCGAAGAUAGUACAACAGGAACAACAUCAAUUCGCAAACAUGAUUAAAGCAGGCAGCAAAGAGCACAGAAGUUGUAGUUCUUCAAAAAACAGUUCUGAACUAUUAACAUCUUCACGAAGGAGCGCUUCCUCGUCCAAGAAGAGCAAGUCGAGCAGUGGUUGUGUAUCCAUCUCCUCUUCGGCCAGCAGUACGGCGACGAGAUACGAUACGGAAACAAUCCGAAACCGGAAGCUUCUGCUGGACGGAUUAAAAAUGGAGAACAAUACAACUGAGAACGGUGGACCUGUCCUCGAGGAAGGUGGAAAUUUUGACGCAAAUGGUGGUCCUACUACAACAUCAGGAACAGCGCAGGAGGACGUCGUGAACAAAGUGCAGUGGUUGUUGGAGCAAUUUGCGACGGAAGUGGAUGCGAUUGAAAGCGAAGUUCAACUGGACAAAGGGCAUGGUGAACAAGGUCAACAUGAUGAAGACAACCAGAACUACCAAGCAGGAGCUGCUACAACGCAGAGAAGAACUGCAUCAAGGACAUCAAAGCCGACAUUGAAAAAGAACAACUUCCCCCGGUGCAAAUCCGCUGGCGUGAUAGACACGGCGCGGAAGCAGUAUUUUGAGAGCCACGACGACUAUUUCGCAGUGAAAAACAACAAAAUUCUGGACCGGGACGGUAAGGUUGUGCAGGAAACGAGAGAGCCACCAGUAAAAAUUCUGGCUGGGAUGAAACAAGAGGAUCAUGAUCAUGAUGCGUGGUCCUCGUCGUCGAAAAUGUCUAGACCUCGGACCCCGCAAAGGCCCCGAGCCUUCUCCAACGUGCAGAGCCGCCUGCUGGAACCUAAAAAAAAUACUAGGACGCCUUCAUCCGCUGGGCGUCAUGAAGACAGGCUGAUCGAGCGCCAGGCGAAGGAGUUACCAUCUGGCGAAACCAAUUUAUUUUCCAAGAACACGACUACGAGAAGUCAAAGCAGUACCUCCCUUGAUACUAACCGUGUUGCGAAGAGACCGACGACACGUCCGAGUAGGUUGUCGACCCCUACCACGCAAAUAACGUCUGACGUAGGAACAGAGAAAGUUACAGCAUCUUCAGACGAGACGACGAGAACGGGAGUCGCGGUUCUUGACUGUCGUGCUGCUAAUCGUAGUUCAAGAACUUCUUCUGCGACGGGGACUACUACAGGUGAACAAAUCAGAAUCUGUGCAGCUACCACUUCUCGUGUACCAUCCUCCGCACAACUUCUACAGGAAAUACAAGAUGAUGAAAAAGAGCUUCCUUCUCGUUCGAAGUCCUGCUACACCAAUCGGUGGGACCGGCUAUCGACACAACGGUCCACAAGAAAUAUUAAAUUCCGACCGGCACUAGACACGCCGAAGGAGGUUUUAGACGCGCCACCGCCGUUCAGUUUUAAGCCGACGUUGCGGGCGACAGAGGUGUUUAAGGACGUGAAGCCGCGGUACCUGCAAUCAGCGGACGAAUACGUGGAAAGGAGACACAACCAGAUACACUUGGAGGUAUUAAGUUGUACCACUUAUGAGUGUCCGUCGUAGAAGUGUUUGUAGAGGGUUUCUUUCAAUCUAAUUGUGAUUCUCAUUCUCUCAGGUAGUUUGCUCUGCGCUUGGGCUUCGUGCUGCUACAGCAUGGCAGAAGAGCUUUGCAGCAGUCAUAGGAUAAUUCUAUUGUGCUGAUACUGAUAGAUAAAUACUAAAAAAAAACGAAAUAUGAAAAAAUUCCAGCUCCUAGAGGAAGAGGAGAAGCGGCUCCGCGCCGAAGCAACCACGCCCUCCGGUGUGUCGCGCAUGAAUAUGAGUCAGUCGACGUUCGAGAAGCAGAAUACAACAAGUACCACGGCAGGAGCCGCCUUUGCUCGCGACCCGGACCAUGUGAAUUCGGAUGACGAGCGGGAAAUGAAGAAGCAGUUUAGAGCAAAUCCGGUGCCGCAGUUCAAGCCGCAGCACGUGAAAGGACAGUACAAUCACUUCCGGUUGCAGCACGCGGCACGGGCGGAGAAGGAGCGGAAGGAGCAGCUGGAGUCGAAAAUGACAUUGCGCCCCACGACACUGGCUCCAUCACCGACCAAGUACAGAACCAGGCGGCCAGAUGUACCCUACUGCUGAUGUACAAUGAUGUCGGAUUAGCAUAAUUAGACAGAGAUCGAGAUGAACUGAACAGCGCAUGUAGAACGGGUGCUGAAAUAAUUAACGCGACGUGACCACUGUGUAAAUGUGACUAUCUCGGAGACGAGGACGAGAUAUUAGAAGACCAAGGCAACGAAGAAACCAAGUUUAGAACUUAGCACGAAGAAAAUGUGUAUCUUUUGAAAGUGGGUCCAGGUGUUGUGCGCCUACCCUUCCUUAUGUUUCACUUUGAGAUGUUGAUCAAAUUCAAAACGUAUUGAAAAAGCCAAAGCUCAUCUAUAAUUGGAUACCAAAAAUAAAUAUCAGAAUAUGUUUCAGUUUCAGCAAGAACAUCAGGGGCGACCAAGUUUUGAUUUGAACACAUGUACAAAAAUUUAAAUAUCAGGAGAAAGUUGAUGUUGAACGAGUUUGCCGCUGGGUGCGUCGUGUGUGCCGCUCCGGCGAUUUUCCUGUCGUAUGUUGUGUGGGC